AUGAACACAACAAACAACUCUCGAACAAGUUUAUGGCAUGUUUCAUCCUCCUCCUCGAACGGAAUUCGUUCCUUCUCUACGAAAUCUGGUAAUUGCAGCAGUAAUAGUAGUAAUGAAAGGAAACAAAGCGAAGAAGAGAACUCCCGAAACUCAUCACCAUCAUCAUGGAUUCUCAACAGAAUUAGAGGGAGUUUUCCUACCAAUAGAGAGCUCUUUCAAAUGUUUAUUACGAUUAUUGCCUUGAUAUCAGGCACAUUAUUCUUCACAUCGGAUUACUUUUUAAAUUUACUUGUUCAAUCCUCAAUGAGGCUGUUGGAAUGGGACAAGUACUUGAGUUAUGAGUCAAUAAGUGGAUGUUUUUUCUGUGGAUCAAUGAAAAUUCAUAAUCUUUCUGUGAAAGAUUUUCAAGUGACACCUCACCAUGUAGUGAAUGGAAAAGUGGAGAAUCUGUAUAUUGUUAUUCCAUGGUAUUUAAUUGCAAAGGAAUGUGUUAUCAAAUAUUUCAAGCCAAAUAGACCUACAUAUUUAUAUAUUCCAAGAUUUGUUGCCAUUGGAGGUGAUAUACACUUUAAAAAUCAUGAGGAGCAAAAUGAUAUCAAUGUACUACCCCAGAAUCUUGGGUUUGACACUCUUGUCAUGGAGGGAAUUGGUGUAUUUGACAUGAACAUCAACAUGAAUGAUUCUGCUGACCAUGUAUUUGUGGACAGAUUUGAAGUGUUUCACACAUUGUCGUUUCACAAAUCUGGAUCAACAAAUUUCUAUCCCUUUGCAGUAUUUUCUAAGGGUAAAUUCACUGUCAACCAAGACAACAUCAUUCAUGUGAAUAUAUAUCAUGAUGAUACCUCUAAAAGCUUUGAAAACUCAGGCAGUGAUGACUAUUGGACUUGGAGACAUGAAAAUACUCCCCAAUUAUGCUCUCAAUGGACCAUUACAAACUCUGACAAUUCUUUUGUAGUGUUGUGUAAAUAUCACGAUAAGUCCAUUCAAAUUCAAACACAUCUCAACAAUGACGACACCAUUGUUCACUCUCUAUCAAUUCCUCACCAACACUUUACAUUCCACAAGUCGUAUCAAUUUAUUUCACCGUACCUCAAGAGAAACAACAACAACACUAAGACUUUUUUCACAGCUGCCUCAAAUUAA